AUGGCUUCAGCUGUUUAUUAUAAGUUUAAAUCUCAAAAAGACCCGUCUCGUAUUCUUUUUGAAGGAACUGGCAUUUCUGUCUUUGACUUGAAAAAGGAAAUUCUCUUGGAGAACAAGUUGGUAGAUACUGCAAAUAACUUUGAUUUGGAGAUUUCAAACCCCGAUACUAAAGAAGCAUAUGACGAUGAUACUGAAGUAAUUCCCAGAUCUGUGUCUGUUUCAGCACGCCGAAUUCCCGCUUCUCGUCCUGGUAAAGGUACUGCUAUCUACUAUGUCACUGGAAAUAUGACCAAUGUGUCAAAGCAGAUUAAUAAUAAGAAGGAAGACCUUAAGAAAAAGUCUUCUGCACCUGGUGGUGACAGUGAAGAUGACAAAAUCAACGCCAUGUUUCAGACUCAAGGCGAACAGUGGGAACAGACCCAAGAACGAAUGGCCACAGCUCAGCGUAUUUACAACAAGCCUGUGCAACCAAAGGGUGUUCCAGGGCCUAGAUAUAUUUGCCAGAACUGUGGAAAAACUGGUCACUACAGAUCUGAUUGUCCCAUGGGCAAUGAUCGAAGAUAUAAACCAACUACUGGUAUCCCUAGAAGUUUCUUAAAAACAAUUGAUGCUCCAAAAGAUAAUGACACUGGAACCUAUAUGGUUAACGGUGAAGGACAAGUUGUUGUUGCUGUAGCAGAUGAAAACUCAUGGAAAAACUUUCAAACUAAAGCUAAGAAGAGUCAGCAACUUAACGAUAAGCCUGACGAUCCUGAGCUUGAAGAUCCCAUUUCCCAUAGACUUCUUGUCAAACCUGUUAAAACGCCAUGCUGCGGCACCACUUAUUCAGAAGAUACUAUUCAGCAAGUGCUUUCUGAUAGCGGUGUUUGCCCCAAAUGUGGCAAAGAUGUUUCUCUUGAUCAGCUUGUCCCUGAUGACAAGAUGAUUGAGCGUUUACGGGAAUAUAAAGCGGCCAAGGAACAAAAGCGAUUGGAAGAGGAAGCGAAUGGUGCAUCAGCUAGCAACGCGGCCACACCUACAACAACCCCAGCACAGCUUGCUACAAGCAUUUCUCCCAGCUCCACCAAGCGCAAGCGAGAUGACGAGAGCAGCGAGUCUGAAUCUGGUACCGAAGGCGAGGAUCGGAAAAAGACAAAAACCGAUUCUGCAGAACCAGAAGUCUUAGAAAUCAGUACUAAACCACUGGAGGCUGCAUCUCUGCCUUUGCCCAUGCCUGAUCCCAAUGCACUACUAAACUGGAACCCAAGCAUGAUACCCGGAAUGCCACCAAUGCCUAUGAUGAUGCCUGGUAUGCCACCCAUCAUGCCAUUUAUGGGAAUGAUGCCUCCUGGUAUGCCAGCUGGAAUGCCUUCAAUGCCUCCAAUGAUGCCUGGGAUUUCACCACCAUUUCUUUCUGAGUAG